AUGGUCUUCGAGUAUGCUCCGUGUGGUUCCCUCUUUGAGCACUUGCAUAUUCGAGAAGCAGAAGAUUUGGACUGGCCUACACGGCUGCGCAUCAUCAUGGGAGUAGCAUACUGCUUGGAGCACAUGAGCCAGCUGGACCCACCUGUGAUGCCAGCAGCCCUGAGCUCCUCAUCCAUCUACCUCACCGAGGACUGCGCGGCCAAGAUCUCGGACAUGGAGUUGUGGAAAGUUGCAGCGCCGGGAGAUGAAGAGAGCAUCGUGUACAGGUUUGGCAUCCUGCUGCUGGAGGUGAUCUCCGGUCGGCUGCCCUUGUCCGAGGACCACGGCCUGCUCGUGCUGUGGGCGUCCAGCUACCUGGACGGCAAGAGGCCGCUGAAUGGCAUGGUUGAUCCGAUGCUGAGGUCGUCCGUGCGUGACAAGGAUCUGGCGGUGCUGUGUGACGUUGUGAGGCUGUGCAUCCACUCUGACAAGGACAAGAGACCGGCCAUGGCUGAGGUUGCCAGGCUCAUGAGAGGCGCCACCGCCGUGUCGCCGGAGCAGGCGACCCCGAGAGACAACCCGCUAUGGUGGGCCGAGCUUGAGAUUGCCUCCACCACGGUGGAGUCCGGGUGA